AGAGGAUGCCAAGAAGAGCACGCUAGACAAUAGAGAAUGAGAAGCAGCAUUAAAAUGCAAAAUAAACCAUCAAUCAAAAUCUUUUUCAAUUCCUCUGCAAAGUGUAAAAACUCUUCUUCCUCAGCAGAUGAGAGAAAAGGGAAAAAAUAACAAGAACAAAAUUUUGACAUGGAAAAAAUAGAGUGUAUGGAACUGAAGAAAACAUUGCAUGAAAAGUUGAGGAUAAUUUCUAAAUAGAGAAAAAAUGGGGAACGCCUGGAAGUGAGUGAGAAGAAAUAUAUUCAGUGGAUAGCCAAAAUUGGCAAGCCUUUGAGGAAGGAAAGGAUCAAACAACCACCAGGCAGAAGAUCAGAAAACUUUUUCGCCUCAAGAAUCCAAGAAUAUCAAUGUUAGAAAAACCCAACAGACUGCCUAAUGUGGGACAAACACAGAAUGCAGAUCAUAGCUGAUUGUGCACGAGAGGAUACACCCAAUGAAAAACCAUACAAAUGUUUGGAGUGUGGCAAAAGCUUUACUCGGAAAAGCUUCCUUGUGAUUCAUGGGAGGACCCAUACAGGGGAGAAGCUCUAUCAAUGCUCCCAAUGUGGCAAAAGAUUUAGUAUGCAUUGCAAUCUGGUGAGACACGAGAGGAUUCACACUGGGGAGAAGCCCUUUGAAUGUCCUGAUUGUGGGAAAAGUUUCAGUCAGAAUUCAAAUCUGGAGAUACACCAGAGGACUCACACAGGAGAGAAACCAUAUGAGUGUGCAGACUGUGGGAAAUGUUUUAGACAGAAUUCUAAUCUCGUGAGACAUCGGCGGACUCACACAGGGGAAAAACCAUAUGAAUGUUCAGAUUGUGGGAAAUGUUUCCAAGAUAAUUCCAACCUGGUGAAUCAUCGGAGGACUCACACAGGUGAAAAGCCCUAUGAGUGUCUGUAUUGUGGGAAAAGUUUUAGGCAGAAUUCCCAUCUAGUGGAACAUCAGAGUAUUCACACAGGAGAAAAACCAUAUGAGUGCCGAGAAUGUGGGAAAAUAUUUCGGUGGAAUUCUCACCUGGUGGUGCACCAGAGAACUCACACAGGGAACAAACAGUAUCCAUGUCUGGAUUGUGGGAAACGUUUCAAGCAGAAUUCCAACUUGCUGAUUCACCAGAGGACUCAUACGGGAGAGAAACCCUAUGAGUGUCUGGAUUGUGGAAAAAGUUUCAAGUAUAAUUCUAGCUUGGUGAUUCACCAGAGGACUCAUACAGGAGUGAAACCAUAUGAGUGUUCAGAAUGUGAGAAAGGUUUCAGUUGUAAGUCUGAACUGGUGAAGCACCAGAAGACUCACACUGGAGAGAAACCAUACGAGUGCCUGUAUUGUGGGAAAAGUUUCAGUCAGAAUUCCAAUUUGGUGAUACAUCAGAGAAUACACACAGGAGAAAAACCAUAUCUGUGUCUGUAUUGUGGGAAAGGCUUCAGUCAGAAUUCCCACCUGGUCAUACACCAGAGGACUCACACAGGAGAAAAACCAUAUGAGUGUUCAAAAUGUGGGAAAGAUUUCAGUUGCAAAUCUGAUCUGGGGAAACACUGGAAGACUCACACGGGAGAGAAACCAUAUGAGUGCCUGUAUUGUGGAAAAAGAUUUAGCAUACAUUCCAAUCUGGUGAAACACAAAGGUACUCACACUGGGGAGAAACUCUUUGAAUGUCCUGUUUGUGGGAAAAGUUUCAGUCAGAAUUCCCACCUGGUGGAUCACCAGACAACACAUACAGGAGAGAAACCGUAUAAAUGUCAUGAUUGUGGGAAAAGUUUUAGUCUGAAUUCCUACCUAUUGAAACACCAGAGGACUCACACCGGAGAAAAACCAUAUCAGUGCACGGAUUGUGAAAAAAGUUUCAGUCAGCAUUCCUACUUGGUGAGGCACCGGAAAACUCACACAGGAGAAAAACCAUUUCAGUGUCUUGAAUGUGGGAAAAGUUUCAAUCGGAAUUCCCAUUUGAUGAGACACUGGAGGACUCACACAGGAGAGAAACUUUAUGAAUGUCCCGAUUGUGGGAAAGAGUUCAGUUAUAGGUCUAGCCUUAUAAAGCAUGCAAGGUUACACAUAGGGGAGUAAUCAUUCAAACGCCCAGAUUGCAGAGUUUUUAUACAAAGUUCACACAUCUUUUUAAGGCAAGCUGUUCCAUUGGUUGAUUGUUCUGACUGUCUUAAAAUUCUCCUUGUUUCUAGUUUGAAUGUUUCCUUGAUCAGUGUCCCAUAGUUUCUUUGGCCUUCGAAUCCUUUGGAAAAUAGUUUGUGUCUCCCCCCCUCCCGCCCUUUUCGACAGCCUCUCAAAUAUUGGAAGACUGCUAUCAUGUCACACCUGGUUCUGCCUUUCACUAGGUUAGUCAUGCCCAUUCUUGUAACCGUUCUUCAUACAUUUUAGCCUACCAGCCUUUGAUCUUGGCUUCCUUUCUUCUACCUUUUUCUUUCCUUCCUCUAAUCUCAGCUGAGCUUUCUUUCUCUGUCUGAGUGAGAUAGUUCCCAUUCACGGAAUUGAGGGCUACUGCUUUGCUGGGCCAGAGGAAGCCAUUUUGGAUGUUCAUUCAGUAGGUUUGCCGCCUUGACUUAUUUCUACAUACAUGUAGAAUAUGUAGUAUGUAUGUAUGUAUGUAUGUAUGUACCACAAUAAUAUAGGGCAGUGAUGGUGAACCUUUUCAGCACCGAGUGCAAAACUGGAUCGUGCAUGCAUGCAUGUGCAUAGAGUGCCGGAAACACACCUGGUGGAAACCGACCAGCUGGCCCACGUGCCCAAGCCUUUAUUAGGCCAUUUUUGUCCUGAAAAACAGCCUGAACACGGCCUGAAAAAUGCAUUGGUUUUUGGCUGUUUUUGGUCACUUUUGGGGCUGUUUUCUGGCAUUACGGUGCCCGUGAAGACCAGCUGGCUGGCACACAUGUGCAAGCCAGAAAUCAGAAGAGUAGCUGGCGACAGCCUAUGUGCCUACAGAGCGGGCACUGCAUGCAACACCUGGCACGUGUGACAAAGGUUCGCCAUCAUGGGUAUAGUGUCUCCUCCUUGAGCACCUCUAAGAUCCCUUCCAACUCUGUUAUUCUCUUCUGUAUUUUUACUUAGCAUGGAAAUGCAUAUGCCAGCCCAACUAAUGGUGACUCUGCACAGUUUACAGCAAUAAAACCUUAAUACAAAACCCAAUAAACACCAUAUAUUGCAAAAUGCAAAACCUCGACAUUUAACAUGUACUUGUCCUGCAAUGUAGCAUACUUCUAUCAAGGUUGAUGGCCUUUGGAUUGUCUGGGAAUUGCAAAAAGGUGAUUCUUCCUUUUGUUCAAAUUAGAAGUCAACUAGGCACUCUGGUCUUACUAACUACAUUCAUGCUCGGUGCUAUUCCUUCUCCAAACUGGUAAUCAUUCUCCUUGAAAGGAGUCAAUUUGGAGAAGUUGACCACAGGAUUAGCAGCAAGUAAAUUUCAUAAUUAAAUGUGUAGAGUG